GGCUCUUAAUAUUCAUGAGACGAGCCUUCGCAAUUGGAAGAUUACAACGCAGCGUCAGCAGCGUGUCAUUAAUAUUCAUGAGAUCAGACUUCUCCAUUGAAAGAUUACCAGACUUCGCCGCACGACUCAAUUAUUAUAAAAAACUUUGCCAUACUAGAAUUCGUAACUUCACUGAUGGGGAUUUAUAGUCCUAGCAGACCGCGGAUAAACCCAAAUUAGUACGCACAAGUCUCAGUUUUGACAACCAAGAGCGCACGCACAAAAAAGAAAACCACGGAUGCCAAAUAUAACGCAAGGUGUGCGCGCUGCUCUGCUUCGGGUGUUUCUACAUCAUCUUAGCUUCAUUUAACGGUGUCAGAUUUAUUUCACAGUUGUUGAUUUUAAUUUUAUACGCGCAUUAUGGAGUACUGGAGGCAAUGCAGCUUGUGGCUGAUCAACUGUAAAGUUUUGCCCCGGAAUCAUCGGGUCACGGCGGAUGCGGCGCAGGUUUUUGAUUUGGCCCAAACUCUACGGGAUGGGGUGCUUCUGUGUCAACUGCUGAACAAUCUCAGACCCGACACCAUUAACCUAAAAGAGAUCAAUCUCAGACCACAGAUGUCACAGUUCCUCUGCCUGAAGAAUAUUCGUACAUUUCUGUCUGCAUGCUGUGACGUAUUUGGGAUUAAGAAGAGUGAAUUGUUUGAUGCCUUCGAUCUCUUCGAUGUCCGUGAUUUUGGAAAGGUCAUCGACACUCUAUCAAAACUCUCUUAUACGCCUAUUGCACAACAGAGAGGGAUCAGGUCAUUCCCCACAGAGGAAAGCAGUGAAAAUGAAGACAUAUACAUCCAUUUGGCAGAUCUCCUUGACGAGGAGCUGGAGGAAGAUAUUUACGACCCUGUGUACGGAGAUGUUGAUGGAGGAGAGGUGUAUGAGGAUCUGAUGAGGACAGAGGCUGCUGCAUCUCAGGCGAAACAGGCCGAGGUGGACAUCAGAAGCUGCUGUCUUUUAGAGAUCAAACAGACAGAAGCCAAAUACACUGAGACUCUGGAGACCAUCGAGAAGUAUUUUAUGAUUCCACUGAUAAAAUUCAUCUCGGCAACAGAAAUUGACAAGGUUUUCAUCAAUAUACCAGACCUGGUUAAAGUUCACAAAAUCCUAAUGGCCGAGAUUCAAGACUCUGUUCAAAAUAAAAAUGCAGAAAACCUCCACCAGAUCUUCAUUACUUACAAAGACAAGCUUCUGCUUUAUGGAAAAUACUGCAGUCAUGUAGAAUCAGCCAUUUCUCUGUUAGACUUCAUCUGUAAGGAGAAAGAGGGCGUUCGACUGAAACUAGAGGAAUGUUCGAAGAGAGCCAACAAUGGGAAAUUCACUUUGAGAGACUUGCUUGUAGUUCCCAUGCAGCGUGUGCUGAAGUACCCACUACUGCUUCAGGAAUUGGUCAAAUAUACUAAUGACACCACAGAAAAGAGCAACCUACGAGUAGCCCUUGAUGCCAUGAGAGACUUAGCCCAGUAUGUAAAUGAGGUGAAAAGAGACGUUGAGACUCUGAGGGAGAUUGAUCAGUAUCAGAGAUCCAUAGAGAAUUUGAAUCAGUGCUUACUUUCUUACGGAAGACCGAAGGGUGACGGUGAAGUCCGUUUGGUGUCAAAUGUGGACAAACGUAGACAGGACAGACAUAUUUUUUUGUUCGACGUUGCUGUGAUCGUCUGCAAGAGGCGUGGGGACAACUAUGAGAUGAAGGAAGUGAUCGACCUCAAUCAAUUCAAGAUCACAAAUAACCCCACCACUGAUAAGGACAGCAGAAAGUGGUGCUACGGGUUCUUCCUCACCCACCAGCAGGGGCAAAGUGGAUUUGAGUUCCUGUUCAAGACAAAAGAGCUGAAGAAGAAAUGGCUCGACCAGUUUGAGAUGGCCAUAUCUAAUAUUCGCCCUGAGAAUGCCACGUUUAACUCUCACCUCUUCAGAAUGCACACCUUCGAGAGGGCUACCACCUGCAGCUCCUGUCAUAUGCUUCUCAGGGGAAUUUUUAACCAAGGCUACCUUUGUACUAAAUGUGGAAACGGGGCUCAUAAGGGCUGUCUGGGAAGACUAGGAGCCUGUGGAAGGGCAGGUAAUGAUGUUGCUGUUCAAAAAGCACAGAGAAAGACAACACCUCGGAAACAAGAAGACCCAGGUUUGCCAAAAAUGCUGGUCAUCAGAGAUUAUUUUGGGGUCCCUAGUCCUCAGGGUGGGCCGCCGCUGAAUGCUCAGAUUGGUGAUGUCAUAGAGGUCAUCUCUGCUGAUCCUCACAGCUCCUGGUGGCAGGGCAAAAUCCUGACAACUCAAGAGACCGGCUUCUUUCCAAGUGAUGCAGUCAAGCCCUGCCCAUGUGUGCCCAGGACAGUCGACUACUCAGCCCAACCCUGGUUUGCUGGGCCCAUAGAGAGACACCACGCAGAGUCUGAGCUCAUGGAGAGAGAGAACAGCACCUACCUGGUGCGAUACAGGAGCCGGGAGAGCAGAGAGUACGCCAUCAGCAUCAAGUACAACAACGAUGUGAAGCACAUUAAGAUCCUCACUAAGGAGGGCCUCUUCUACAUUGCUGAAAGCAGGACGUUCAAGACUGUAUUAGAACUGGUUGAAUAUUACAAACAGCACUCUCUGAAAGAGGGUUUCCGUACACUGGACACGACUCUGCAGAUGCCGUAUAAGGAGCUCAGUAGUGGACUCAGAACUGCUGCUCCAGUGCUGUGUGGGCUUUUCGUUUUGAGUCCCACCAGCUACAGUUUUGUUCCUCCCUCCCCCUCACCCUUCUGGUCAGUUUUGACACCGAGAGUGCUUGGCAUUGCACUGGCACGAUAUGAUUUCAGCUCCAAGGAUACUCGGGAGCUCUCUCUGCAGGUGGGAGACCUGGUGAAUAUCUAUAUUAAGUGUACCAAUGGAUGGUGGAAGGGUGAAGUCAAUGGCCGGGUGGGAUGGUUCCCUUCAACCUAUGUGGAGGAAGAGGAGUGACCAGUGCAGGAAGUCAUCCUCACUAUGCUGUGACAGUGAUAAGGGACCUGUUGGCGUUGGACAAGAAAUGUAAUCGUGAAUAAUGCACACUUACUUGAGCAAAGCACCACAAACACAGCAAUUAUCAUCCUCCUCUAAUGGGAUCCGGUGGACUGCGGUUGAGACCUGCAGCGUGAUGCAUCUGAGGCCCCGUCGGCUUUGACUGUUUAAUUAGUUAUGAAUGUCCCUCGCUGAUCCACAUUCAGUCCAGACAUCUUUUUCUCUCACUCUUUCCCUCCCUCUCACCCUGUCAUCUCCUGAAAUCUUCACACAGGGCCUGGGGCCCCCCUCUCUCUGCCUGUUUAAAAUUUAAACUCCAUUUCUGUGCUAUGCCGGACCUCCCAUAUACUCAGGAGUGGCACGCAGAGAGAAAAGCCCUGAGCUGGCCGUUUUUUCCCCCUCCGCUCGGCGACCUUUACGCGGUGCUUUCAGCUCACCUUGUGCUAUAAUUGAUGAAUUCAUCCGCCCAUCUGACUCUGCAAAGUUUGGCUGGGGCGAGAUGGAGCGCGGUGCUGUCACGAAGCCUGCCUUCCUCCCUCUUCAGCCCUGAUAACACUUAGCAGCAGUGCUCUCUCGGUGCGCUCGGGGCGCUGCGCGGUGACAGGAGGCCUGCCGUUCAGUGCGAUAUCCAUCUCAAUGCACUGUGAUCAGUCAUCGCUCUGUCUGUUUCUGAACCUCAGGUGCUCCCAAGCAGAAUGUUGGCACUGAUUUGGGACUGACGUCAAUUCCUUCUCUUUUCAUGCAACUGAAAGACAUUACAGUGUUUGCAAUAGGGACUAGAAUGCUAGACACAGCAAAAAAUGGAAGUAUGAAAUUAAAAGUACAGUUAGA